CAGAUCUGGGGCUUCCAGGCACGCGCCUGCAGAGGCGCGGUGCUGCCGGUUGGUCGGCUUUUCUCCCUCUCCCUCGGUGGAAGAGCCCCCUAGGCGCGCCCUCAUCCCCGUGCUGCGGCGAGGCGCCCGAAGCGCGCUUCCAUGGCGCCGCAGCUGUGGCUCAACCGGGCCGCCCCGCGGAGGCCGGAAGUGGUCGUCAAGGAGGACGGGCGCGUGGACGAGACCGCCGACCUCUUCGUUGGGGACCAGGAAUAUGACGACCUCGGCUUCGUCAGGCCGCCCCCGGGCGACGCCGUGGGCGACAGGGACCGCGAGUACGCCGCGUGGUUCCAGGCGAAGGCCGAGCGCCGCCGCCAGCGCUUCGAGCACGCCCGGAGGCCCGCGGCCGGCUGGGCGCCCCUUUCCCUGUCCACUCGGCCCGGUGCCCUGGUGUCGGUGGCCGAGGCCCUGUGGCACCUGGCUACUGAGCCGCUCACGAUGCCGCCGUCACCGCUGCUCCAGCGCCUGAGCACGGCCGACUUGCAGAAGGUACGGGACGCCGCGCGUGUACUCGAGACGUUCGGCCUGACCGGCAUCGACAGCGUGCCGCAGCUGGUCGCCGACCUUGAUGCAGCGGUCCACGCGCGUGCCGAGGCGGAGAACGCCAAAUGCAAGGCAUGGAUGGACCACGUGACGGUGCCGGAGGCGUAUCGCGAGAGAGGUUCCAUCAUCAGUGACACAGCCAAGCGCGGCAUCUCGGUGGCGCAGCUGCAGCUGGGCACGCUGGUGCAGGAGGUCUUGGAGAAGACUACGGUCGUGGACAGGAGCAACGCCAGGCAGGACUGGAAGCGCAUCAACCUGUACAUCAUUUGCGCUUACUUCGUGAUGCCGUUGACAAGCCGCUUCCGUUGCUCCUUCGUCGAGCUGCUUGCCGAUGCGGAGCAAGUCCCAACGUGGUUCGUUAGCCACUACUGGGGCACACCGUUCUACCAGACCCUCCGUACCGUCGCGCUGAUGGACGAGAAGGCAACCCCCUUCCAUCGCGUCUGGUGCGUCCUGGAAUGCUACGAGAGCACCAUGAGCGUGGAGACCGCUGGUAAGAAAGAGCACUUCUACGACAUCGCAGCGUGGAUCCCAGAGAACACCCAGUUCUGUAUGGGACAGGCUCGCCCUGAGCAAGCAGCUCUGCAGCUGGAUGUUGGGCAGCAUGACUCCGGUGUUUGUGAGGUGGUAGAGAAGGAGGGGGCAUUUCCUUGGCAAGUGGCAGACAUCGGUGUCAAGACGAACGUCCGCGAGGCGGAAGCCUCCCGAGAAGUUGAUAAGCGCGUCAUCAUGGCAUACAUCACAGGCAAAGAGGACCGCUUGAACGCCAUCGUCCGGCAGCGGUUCGUCUCCGGGGCCAUGUACUCGGCUGCGCUUGCCGGCAAACCUGACGCACUUCGCGAUCUUCUCCGAUCCCAUCCGGACGCAGUGGACAAGGCCAACAACAAAGGCUUCACGCCCGUUUUCAUCGCUGCGCAGAAGGGCCAGGUGGAGGCGCUCAAGGUCCUCGUCGAGGCAAAGGCCAACCUGGACAAGGCCAGGAACAUCGACGCCACGCCCGUUUCCAUCGCUGCGCACAAGGGCCACGUGGAGGCGCUCAAGGUCCUCGUCGAGGCAAAGGCCAACCUGGACAAGGCCAUGAACGACGGCGCCACGCCCGUUUUCAUGGCCGCGCUGCAGGGCCACGUGGAGGCGCUCAAGGUCCUCGUCGAGGCAAAGGCCAACCUGGACAAGGCCAUGAACGACGGCGCCACGCCCGUUUUCAUGGCUGCGCAGAAGGGCCAGGUGGAGACGCUCAAGGUCCUCGUCGAGGCAAAGGCCAACCUGGACAAGGCCAGGAACGACGGCGCCACGCCCGUUUUCAUGGCUGCGCAGCAGGGCCAGGUGGAGGCGCUCAAGGUCCUCGUCGAGGCAAAGGCCAACCUGGACAAGGCCAGGAACGAGGGCGCCACGCCCGUUUUCAUGGCCGCGAAGAACGGCCACGUGGAGGCGCUCAAGGUCCUCGUCGAGGCAAAGGCCAACCUGGACAAGGCCAACAAUAACGGCGCCACGCCCGUUUUCAUCGCCGAGCAGAAGGGCCAGGUGGAGACGCUCAAGGUCCUCGUCGAGGCAAAGGCCAACGUGGCAUGA